UCAUUUGUGCACUUCCGGACUGAACCAAACCGGAAACCGCCUGCUCACAACUUUUGUCUUCGCUGUUGCACAUCGUUUGGAAAUAUCAGACAUCAUGUCGGGCUCAUCAAGCAUUGUUGCGAUGAAGAAAGUCGUUCAGCAGUUGCGCUUCGAAGCAAACAUCAACAGAGUAAAGGUUUCUCAGGCGGCUGCAGAGCUUCAGCAGUUCUGCAUUCAAAACGCCCUACAAGAUCCCCUGCUGACCGGAGUGUCUUCAAGCACCAACCCCUUUAGGACACAGAAGGUUUGCUCCUUCUUGUGAGGGUCCAUGAUGGCCAUCUGCUAUUGGCUUUUUCCUGUUCCUGUGACAUUUCUGCUGGGGGAAAAAUAAGAACCACUGCCAUGAUGUAUAAUCGAAAACGCAACAGCACAAAGCUGUCCACUUGCCAGUUAAUACCUCAUGCCAUAAACACAGAAAUAAGAACUGAAAGGAUUUGCCGCUUUAUGUCUGUUAUGGUGCAUUUUAUUCUCAAGUUUUCAUUGUAGAAUAGGAAACUUAUUAUUAUUAUUUUUUUUUUUAUCUCAACAUGUAUUUGACUCUCACUUUCACAAACUUCAGAUUUCUGUUUGAAGACCUCAAACUAAAAAGUCUGCCUUAAUGAGUGAUAAACAGCACUCCAGUUUUUUUGGAGGGAAGGCUUUUGUAUUUUAAUGUGGCACAGCAGAGGGAACUUAGUAAUUUAUUGUGCCUUUUUAACAUUGUAGUCUAUUUCUCUAUCUUCUCUGCCUUAGACUUUUUAUAACCCAAAAUAAACCCAUUGAUUUCUA